GAAAUAAAUAACCGCUCUUUCUCUCUAUUUUUCUUUUUCUUAUUAGUUUAUAUUUGACAACAACAUGAAUAUAUUAAAUGAUUUAAUAGAUAUUUGUUAAAGGGGUAAACAAACAAAUAGAAAUGCAGUUGGUAAUAAUAGAUUAACAGUAGUAGUAGUGAUAGAUUUCAAGAUAUCCCUCUAUUGUCCUCUUUAUCUUUUUGUACUACCGGAGGUGGGAGUUACUUUUGUGUACCGCUCUCCUCUGUUGGAUCAGACAGAGGGAGGAAGGCGACUAGCUCAUGCACACAGACAAGGGGCGGGGCUACGUUGUUUUUUGAAUGCUUCAACCCCGGUAAACUCGACGUGAAAUAGUUAUAAUUACAUAAAAAUUAUACAAAAAUAGGUAUAAAAGCACUCACUAAAAUUAAAAAAAAAUAAAAAUUGGCUGGGUACAAUACUAUUUAGAUUGAUGUUAAAGAUUUUCCAUUGAAAAGGGCAUCCGGGUUUGAACUCGUUGAGCCAAUUUUUCACUUUUUUCAGUUUUUUAAUUUUUUAAGUACCCACAAUUCUUAAAUUGUGGAUCUGCCACUGCAAACAGAUAUCUAUCGAGAGAUGGGUGUUAUUAAAGCAGCAAUUGGUGAUGGGGUGUUGACCUUUUUGUGGGUUUUGUGUUCAACUAAUAUUGGGGUUUCUACUUACUUGAUAACUUCUUCAUUUGGUGUUGUCAGUGAAGUGGGAUCCCUCUUCAUCACCACCCUUAUUGUUUUCCUUAUUUUCUUAGUUUUUGGUUUUCUUGGUGAUGUAUUGGGUGGUGCUGGUUUCAAUCCAACUGGAAAUGCUGCCUUUUAUGCUGCUGGUCUUGGAGAUGAUUCUCUUCUCUCUGCUGCCGUUCGUUGCCCUGCUCAGGUAGCAGGGGCAGUUGCUGGUUCACUAGCAAUAAUGGAGUUUAUGCCUAAGCAGUAUCACCACAUGCUUGAUGGGCCUGCUCUGAAGGUGGACGUACAAGCCGGAGCUAUUGCAGAGGGUGUCUUGACUUUCAUAAUCACAUUUAUGGUCUUUGUCAUUGUCCUUAGGGGUCCAAAUAGUGCAAUUCUCAAGAAUUGGUUGCUCACUAUGGUAACUCUCCCAUUGGUACUUGCUGGGUCAAAGUACACUGGACCUUCUAUGAAUCCAGCCAAUGCAUUUGGCUGGGCUUACCUGAGCAACAGGCACAACACAUGGGAACACUUCUAUGUUUACUGGAUCAGUCCCUUCAUAGGAGCAAUUUUGGCUGCAUGGAUUUUUCGUGCUCUAUUUCCGCCUCCAGUAAAGCAGAAACCUCAAAAGCAAAAACGGAACUAAAAAAAAUAAAUUCUGCUUUGAUUCAUUCUCCAGCUCCUAAUACUGUUGUUGUUGAUUGUCCACCAAACAUGGCUUUAAAAUGCUCUUACAACAUUCUUAAGUGGAAAUGUUUUAUGUACUUAGCAAAAUUCUAAAAGAUAUUUGCCCUUGUCA